AUGGACAUGAUUUUUGCUGCUCGCCAAAUCCAGGAGAAAUGCAUUGAGCAACAUCAAGAACUCUACGUAACAUUCGUAGACCUGACUAAAGCAUUUGAUUCUGUAUGUAGAGGCGGACUAUGGAAAAUCAUGAGCAAGUUUGGCUGUCCAAACAAAAUUAUAACUAUGGUACGACAGUUCCAUGACGGAAUGAAGGCAUUCGUCUCUGACAACGGCAAUCACUCCAAACCCUUUGAUGUGACCAAAGGAGACGUACUAGCACCAGUUCUCUUCAGUAUGGUAUUUUCUGCAAUGCUGAUUAGUGCUUAUAAUGCGCAAGAUCUGGGAGUUGAUGUUCAUUACCGCCUUGACGGUGGUCUCUUCAACCUCACGGCUCCGCGCAAUUACAAAGCUACUCUUGUCAACGGAGAAGAGUUAGAGUUUGUUGACAAAUUCACAUACCUUGGCAGCACACUAUCUCAAAUUGGAAAGAUUGACGAUGAAGUAAACUGUCGAAUAGCGAAAGCAAGUGUUGCUUUUGGAAGACUUACCUCAAAUGUAUGGAAGCGCCGAGGAAUAAAAAUCAAAAUCAAGCUUAGAGUAUACCAAGCUGUAGUAUUAACAGCUCUUCUCUAUGCCAGCGAGACCUGGACAGUUUACCAACGUCAUGCACGCAAGCUAAAUCACUUCUAUCUUCUACGAUGGACAGGCCAUUGUAUUAGAAUGCCUGAUGAACGUAUCCCGAAACAACUUCUGUAUGGUGAACUGAGCUCAGGCGAAAGAUCUUGCGGCGGUCAACAAAAAAGAUUCAAAGACACACUGAAAAAAUCAUUGAAACAAUGCAACAUUGAUGUGACCUUAUGGGAAACACAGGCUGUUGAUACUGUAGGUCUUCUUGGAGAAACACUGUGCAAGAUGGAGUAA